AUCCAGUCGUCCUCUCCUUUACCCGAGAAGAGCAGCAGAGGAGGAGGCCACCUCAACAUCUGUUUGAAUUUGAAUUUAAAUCAGAUGUUUGGCCCAGGAUGAACAUGGCUGCAUGAGUAAGGGUCUUCCAUCUGAACACGAAGCAAAAAAGAGAGAAAAAUCAAUGAAAAUUAGAUUGUAGAUGAGUCAUUAAGGGUAAAAACAAAAGAGCUGUCUUGGAUUUGAAAUCUACUGAGGAAUCCAUUUGACGAGAAGCUCCACAAUGAAGAUCCGUGUGGUCCAGAUCUGGGCUUUCCUGAUGACAGUGCUAGGCUGGAUCUUCGUGGCCUGCACUAUGGCCAUGGAGGGCUGGAAGAUCAGCAGCAUUGGAGGCCAGGGAGGCUCUUCUAUAAUCACAGUGGCCUGGUACUGGUCCAGCCUGUGGAGAUCCUGUUUUACAGACUCAACUGCUGUCACCAACUGCUAUGACUUCCCUGUGCUCUGGUCUGUGGAGGGUCACAUCCAGAUUGUGCGAGGUCUGCUGAUGGCAUCUCUUUCUGUGGGCAUGCUGGGGUUUGUACUCAGUCUGAUGGGGAUGGAGUGCACCUACAUUGGGGGAAAAGACCUGUCAAAAUACAAGAAGGUCUACACUGGGGGAUGGUGCCACAUAAUUGGUGGUUUGUUGUCCACAUCUGCAUAUGCUGUUUAUGCAGAGUACGUCUCAGUAGAAAACUUCAGCCCUGACUCUGAUGGACUGCAGUAUGACCUUGGGACCCCGCUGUUCCUCGGCUGGGUCGGAUCAGCUUUUCACAUGACUGGCGGUUCUUUCUAUCUGUGGUCUGUGUGUAAGCUGCUCUGUGGAGGACAGUACACGGUGGUUAACGUCCAGCAACUACCAGACCCCGAGCAAAACAAGUCCACCACUGCUCUGUCCACAGUGUCAGAGAUCACAUCCAAGACCAAAAUGUCCUCUAUUUCUGAGCUGUCAUCCAAGUCUGAGCUCUCAGACGUGUCUGGCAUUUCCUCAAGAUCAGGACGCACAUCCAAAUCUGGACGCACAGCUAAGUCAGGACGAUUAUCGAAGACAGGCCGAACUACCAGGUCUGCGGGGUCAAGGUCAGGAUCAGCAUCAGGGUCAGGAUCAGAGUCCGGCCUGUCGUCAAGGUCCAGCGUAUCAACUUUGUCUGAGUCGAGGAGCAGCGCCAGCAGCCGCACAGUGUCAUCGUUAUCAGGCAGUUCGAGGAGUGAGACUAUACCAUUCAUCAAAAACUCUUAUAUCUGAACUAAUGUGACUUAUUAUGUGUGGGACAAAUGUUAAUGAAUGUGAUUAACAGGUGAUCAGAUUAUUAAUCUUUGAGUAAAGCAAAGUCAAUUGAUUGUGUUUUUAUAUCAAUAAAAACUAAUGCUAAUCCUGUUUAUUAAAAACAUUUUCUUCAUUUUUUUCCUUUCUUUUUUUUUAACCUAAGGUUACUCUACUAAAGUACACAUCAAUUUCUAACAGCUUGUGUAACCUUUUAGACAACAAAUAAAACUCCACCAGGCUAACAGGUCUGGUUGACAGUAAA